CUGAUAAAUGAUCAGAAUUAUAAUAUUUCUGCCCAUCUGAGUUAAAGUUGAAUCGAAUCGGAUUGAAUUGAAUCGGGACCUUGUGAAUCGGAAUUGAAUCAAUUACAGAAAUCAAAAUCAAUACCUAGCCCUAUUCUGGCUUCCUCGCACAGUCCAGAGAUGUACUUAUUGAUACAACUAGUGAUUCUAAUUUGGCUGCGGAUUUGAGGUGCUGUAUGAGUGGUUUAAAUGUGACUGAUUAUGCUGCCUUAAUGACAGUAAACAGUGGAUGUCUUUAAAAAAACAUUUAAUCAAAUGAAAAAAAACAAGAGCCCCAGGUGGUGAAUGGAUGCUUCCCGACGUUCCUUAUACUCGCGAUCAGUGAAGAAUAUGUUAUCAUAACUUUCUUACCUUAAUAAUUUAGAUCAUUUAUGCAUUUUUCCCCUCUAAUGAAUCAUUACUAUUUUACUAAGUCAUUUUAGAUUCUGCAAUAACUUACUUUUGGUAUUUUAGAGAAAACUGGUCUCACUUUGCGUUGAGGCUCUUAUUUUAUUCACCUUUCAAACUUUGUAAACAGGUCUCUUUUUAUUCAAUUUGAAAUUUUUAAAAAUGGAAACCUACCUUCUUUUUUUAAAUUAUUUGAUAUUGGAUAAAUAUCAGAUUAUCUGAGUGAGCUACACAACCUUUACCAGGUCACACCCAGAAAGGACACUGCUGUCGGGUAAAAUUCAGGGGUAGGAACUUUCUGUUGGGGGAUGUGUGUUGCAAGGGGGAACAAAACAAAGUCCGGACUGAGGGGCACGCUGCUGUUUUGGUCAUGUGCUAGUCGUAAAGUUUUUAUCGUCCUCAUGGAAGAAUCGUCCCUUGUGCCUUAACUUUUUGUGGUGUCGUGGGGAGUUUGAGUGUCCGCAUUUGGAAAAAUGCAGGAUCAUAAUUAUUAUUUCUCAGGAGAAAAGAUCAAGGAUGUGCUGUCGAACGAAGAGGAAAAACUGGAAGAAACGAAAGUGUUCUUAGGCGUCGCCUUCUCCAGGUGGACCUCGCUGAAGAGGGACAAAAGUUUUCAGAGUGAUGCCGAAGUGGCCUGCUUUCUGCUGGACAGCUAUGAGAGAGUUGUGAUGACAUCAGCGCCCACAAAGGAAAAGCCUUCACAAGUCCCAGCUCCAGCUACCUUUGGCGCCAGUCAUUCUCUUAAUGGAGCAAACAGCUAUGAGAGAGUUGUGACGACAUCGGCGCCCACAAAGGAAAAGCCUUCACAAGUCCCAGCUCCAGCUACCACUGAUACACCUCGUUCUUUCAACAGCUAUGAGAGAGUUGUGAUGACAUCAUUGGCUACAAAGGAAAAACCGUUACAAGUCAUAGGUCCAGCUGCCUUUGGCGCCACUUUGAGUGGAGCAAACAGAUUUCCGUAUCCAAGAUUGCCAAACGGAGUGGGGAUGCGUCCAGUGACUAACCUUCAACCACCUGACCCCAGAAUUCUCAAAAUGGUUGUAUUUGUACCUCCACGAGCAACAUCAGUGUUAACACAAGUCAGGAGAAAUGCCCAAGAUGCUCCACCUCAGUUAAAUGCUGGUCUGAAACAGCGGGUCAUAGAUCAUCUCCAGCUAAAGAAAAAACAGGAAGAAGGGCCCACAAAGAUGGAGCUGGAGGAGCGUUGUAUAAAGAUGGAGCUGGAGGAGCGUCAUAUAGAGGAGGAGCAGGAGGAGUGUUGUAUAAAGAUGGAGCUGGAAGAGCAUCGUAUAAAGAUCGAGGUGGAGGAGCGUCGUAUAGAGACGGAGCUGGAGGAGCGUCGUAUAAUAAAUCAGCAGGAGCGCAAUGAAAAGGAGGAGCAGGAAGAAUGCCACUUAAAAGACGAACACAAAGAACGCCCAAUAAAGGAGGAGCAGGAGGAACAUCACAUAAAUAGCGAAGAGGUUGAAGUGAAUCUUAAUGGGAUAAAGGAGGCUGAUAUCACCGGGUUCCUGCUCACUUCUGUUCAUGUGAAGAGUGAAAAUGAUGAAAAGAAACCGCAGUCCCCACAACCUCAUCAAGGCCCGCCUCUCAAAAACAUGGAAGCGCAGACACAAACCAGAGGAUCAGGUAAACAAAUGAAAACAGAAACUGAGGACGAUGAAGGAAGCAAAAAGGCUAGGAACUCUUAUCACAGUAGCUGUUUACCACAGAAUACUAAUUUACAGGCUUCAGACUUCACCGAGACUAAAGAUGGUACUGUGGAUGGUGAUAAUUAUUGGCAGGAGCCAUUGUCUGCUUCUGAACCUGAAACUGAAGAUGGCAAGAGUAAAAAUUCUAACCUGCAUCAGUCUCUGUCAGAAUCUGGAUCUGAAACUGAAGACAGCAGCAUUGAUAAUUAUAACUUGCACGGAUCUUCAUCAGAAUUUGGAUCUGAAACUGAAGACAGCAGCAUUGAUAAUUAUAACUUGCACGGAUCUUCAUCAGAAUUUGGCUCUGAAACUGAAGACAGCAGCAUUGAUAAUUAUAACUUGCACGAAUCUUCAUCAGAAUCUGGAUCUGAAACGGAAAGCAGCAGCAGCAUUGAUAAUUAUACCUUGCAUGGACCUUCAUCAAAAUCUGAAUCUGAAACGGAAAGUAGUAGCAGCAGCAGCAGAAGCACCAGCACCAGCAGCAGCAGCGUUGAUAAUUAUAAUUUGCACAGAUCUUCAUCAGAAUCUGGAUCUGAAACUGAAGGCAGCACCAAUGAAGAUGAUAGUAAAUGGCGGAAACCGUUGUUAAACUCUGAACCUAAACUUGUAAACAGUGGUGCAAAUGGAAAAAAGCGAUUUCACACACCAGAGAAACCAUUUCGUUGUAAAAUUAGACGUAAAACAAGUAAAAUAUUUUAAUAAACUAAAACAGAUUACUUAAGACUCAUAGGACAGGACAAACAGUUUGCAGCUUUUAUAAAAAAAAAAAAAAGAUGAUAAUAAUAAUAAUAAGGUUAAAGUGUCAGACGUAGGGGUUCACAUGGGGCCGAGAGAGAGACCAUUUAGUUGUAGCGUCGGCAGACAAAGCCACAUGACUGAUGGCAUGACAUGAUUAAUUAUACAUUUUUAGUGUUAUGGUCAUUGGUGUUUCUGAUGGCUUUCUAGCAUGCACGGCAGAGUAGGAAAUUUGAACAAGGGGUUAUCUUAUCACAUUCAUGUUUCUAAAUUGCUGAAUAGUUAGUUGAUCAGUACAAGGGAAUAAUUCCAGAUGAUGCUGUGUACAUGGUCUUUUGGUAAUUAUUAGUGGCAGUAAUCUGAUUUAAACCAUUUUUGUUGAUGAUGGCUAAGGUAACAUCAAUAAAGCACACUGAGAAACUGCCUCCAUGCUUUUUCUUUACUGGAGCCUAUCCCAGAUGUUACAAAUCAAGAGAAGUGGGUACAUUUUGAAUUGGCCUUUAAGGUGGAAAUCAUUAAACUGUGAUUUGACCAAGUUUUUGUAGCUUAUCUCCAACCUUCCCUUUGUGAA